UUCAUUUAAACGUAUUACCAAUUACUUAUACUUAAGUACGAGCACUUUUAUAUGACCCUAUACUAUAAGGGUCACCCAACGACCCAACUAGCCUAGACGGUUCCCCACUUCCCCUCUCCUGCCCAUAUAAUAUGCAUCACCGUGUUAGAUAAAUAUACUUAUAACAUUGCAUAUACAUCUUCAGUGAGUUCAGCUCCCCUUUCCCCUUUUCUCACUUGCCGCAAUACUUGUCGAUGACUUUAAUAAGUGUUAACUUCUGGCAAGAGGCGAGUUGAAUUGAGACUGUUGGAUGUUGGAUCUAUUCCAUGAGGUAUCAAGAUUACCUAUAUAUACUAGAGAAUAAAACGAAGAUUCAAUCUUCCCCCAACCAAGAUGCCACUCCAAAUCCAAAAGUGAUCACGACCAAACAAAAGAAAGAGACAACCUGGGAGACAAUCAUUAACAUCUGAGUGGAAAAUUAAACGACGAAAUACACUCAACAGUCAACAUGACGGAGGACAUGUUAAGCGCUGACAUAUGUAGGGUCUGUCGAUCAGAGGGCUUAGCUGAUCGACCCCUUUUUCAUCCAUGCAUCUGCACCGGGAGUAUAAAAUGGAUACAUCAGGAGUGCUUGGUCCAGUGGAUGCGUUACUCAAGGAAAGAGUACUGCGAGCUAUGUGGCUACCGCUUUUCCUUCACUCCGAUCUACAGUCCAGACAUGCCUAGAAGGCUGCCACUUAGGGAUGUCAUUGGUGGUCUAUGCUCAAGCGUCGUUACAGCGGUCAAGUACUGGCUGCACUACACAUUGGUGGCGAUUGCCUGGCUGGGCAUUGUGCCACUCACUGCGUGCAGAACUUACAGAGCUGUGUUUAGCGGAUCCCUUGAUCUUGUACGGUUGAUGUCGUUGCCCAUGGACAUGUUUUCCACCGAAAAUAUAUCCUCCGAUGUUCUACACGGCUGUAUUGUAAUAUCUUGUACGCUGUUUACAUUUCUUGGAUUAGUCUGGCUAAGAGAACAAAUAUUGCACGCUGGUGGUCCUGAUUGGUUAGAACGAGACAAUGUUCAGCUUCCACCUAUCGACAAUCCAGUACAAGGUGAUCAGCCUCAAGAUGCACAAAAUAUUCCUCAGCCUGAAGGUCAAAACAAUAACAAUAUACCGCCAUUUGUCGAGGAACCGAGACCAGAAGAAGCAAACCAUGCAGCAAAUAAUCCAGUUGAAUUAUUAAUUCGAGCGAUGGCCGAGCGACAGGGUGCUGCUGCUGCAGCCGCUGUUCCAGCAGCUGGUGCUGAAAAUGACGGUGAUGUUGGUGGCGUCCAAGCCGAAGGAGAUCAACAGCAACCUAAUGCUGCCCUUGGACAAGAAUGGCGUGAACAGGGUCAAGCAGAAGCUGAGGAAGCUAACUGGAACCCCAUGGAAUGGGACAGACCUGCCGAGGAGCUCACUUGGGAACGGUUGCUCGGUCUCGAUGGGUCGCUUUUGUUCCUAGAGCACGUAUUUUGGGUCAUGUCGCUCAACUUUCUGUUCAUCAUGGUGUUUGCGUUUAUACCUUACCAAGUGGGUUAUUAUGCGAUAUCAUUACUCGGGGCCCAGGAGAUGGUUUCCGCUUCGCACUUUGAAGGAUUGCUCACUACGCUGUGUGGUUACUGCGUGCUCGGGGUUUUCCUUGUCGUCCUUCAUGCGCUUGCUGCCCUUUUUGGAUUCCAGCGCUCGCAGCGCUUCCUUGGCUUGGGCUAUGUCAUAGUGAAGGUCUCACUUUUGAGCGUUGUUGAAAUCGGAGUGCUACCACUGGUCUGCGGUUGGUGGCUAGACAUUUGUUCCCUAGCAAUGUUCGACGCUACCUUGCGAGACCGUGAAUCGUCGUUCCGUUUAGCACCUGGCACUUCGAUGUUCAUCCACUGGCUCGUUGGAAUGAUUUAUGUCUACUACUUUGCCUCAUUUAUACUUUUGUUGCGCGAAGUACUGCGCCCUGGUGUGCUCUGGUUCCUCCGCAACCUCAACGAUCCAGACUUCUCGCCUCUUCAAGAAAUGAUACAUUUACCGAUAUUAAGCCAUGCUAGGAGACUUGUUGCUUCGGCAGUGAUUUUUGGCACUGCAAUUCUUCUAAUGUUGUGGUUGCCUGUCAAGAUUCUUAGAUGGAUCUGGCCGGGUUUUUUGCCCUACACCGUUACUGUACAAACCGAAACUCAAAUAAGUGAAUUAUCGCUGGAACUAUUGCUGCUUCAAGUUAUCCUUCCAGCACUUCUCGAACAGUCGCACACGCGUACCUGGCUCAAGGCUUUGAUCCGUGGCUGGUGUCGCCUUGUCGCCUGGUUACUCGACUUGCAAUCUUAUCUUUUACGCGAACAGACGGAUGAGCCGAACGCAGCUGUUAAUGAAGAACCUCAGCACCCCGACCUCGGAGCUGCGCAUCAAGCUCUGCUGCACCGCGAAGGUCCCAUCGGCUUUCAACCCUAUGUACGACCUAAAUGGUUUGUCGCUCGAUUAGGUGGCCUAGUACUAUGUGUUUGCGCAUCUCUUGUGAUAGCCAGCCUUGUUGCUAUGACCUUACCCGUCUGGAUCGGUCGUCGAGUGAUGGCUUUGUGGAUGGUUGGAGCACCCGCCCCUUCACCACCUGUUCUACCACCUACUCUACCUGCUGCAAAUGCGGACGGUGUAGAGGCAUCGGCGCUGUCAGGUCGCGUGCACGAGGUAUAUACGAUAGCUUGCGGCACGUACGUAUGCUGGGCUGCAGCACGAGGUCUGGCCCUUGCCGUAUCAUGGUUACCUCGUGGUCGGCGCGCUAUUCUCGACCGCAUCAAGCACUGGGCUUUAAUUGGUGCCAAAGCAUUCGUAUCUUGCAUUCUUUUGGUCGGCGUUAUUCCUUUACUCUUUGGCCUGCUACUCGAGCUCGUUGUGGUCAUACCUUUACGUGUUCCCCUCGAGCAGAAUCCCAUUCUAUUUGUAUGGCAAGACUGGGCCUUAGGUGUUUUAUACACAAAAAUUGCCACGGCAGUGACGAUGAUGGGCCCCGAGUGGCGUCUAAAGCUCGCGAUCGAACGCUGUUACAACGACGGCAUCCGCGAAAUGGAUCUGCGUUUUAUCGUCACGGAACUUGCAGCACCGGUAAUCUGCUGCUUCGGUCUAGCCUUGGCCAUACCGUACGCCAUGACCUACAGUAUCGUACCAUUGUUUGUGACCAACAUCCAGACACAGAUUCUUAUUGCUCGACGUCUUUAUCCAUUCCUAUUGCUCGUCAUCCUCGUCGCUGUACUAAUCAGCGUCCAAAUACGUCAGUUCAAGAAGCUUUACGAGCAUAUAAAGAACGAUAAGUACCUAGUCGGCCAGAGACUCGUUAACUACGAGCACAGGAACAAACAACAGCAACAGUCACAGCAGCAGGCCGCCACGAGCUAACCCAUUCAUCAUUAAGGAACACGUAAUAUAUGAUUUUUAAAUGUUUCUUGGAUUGAAGUUUCUUUAUCAUUAAAAUAUUUAUCUUGGCUGUCUUAUUGAUUCGUUGAUUCUCGCGAUCGUCAAUUGCGUUUUACUUGUGGCUACAAGCAUCUAUCGCGAUUUUCAAAAAAACAAAGGUUCGUGAUUUUUUAGAAGUCGAUUUGACGAGUGAAUCUCGUAAAUUUGCUUUUUUUCGCUUGGUGCUUUGGGUCGAAACUAUAUAAUGCAUUAUAGGAAAAUUUUUAAAUUGUAGCUUUGGUGAAAAAUUUUUUUCAGUCAUAUUAUUUAUUCAUCCGUCAAUUCUCUAGUGUAUAGUUACAACAAAGUUUGAAUCCAGUUUAUAAAAAAAAUCGACCGACUAGCAGAAAGAUGAAACUUUUUAUACUGCCAGAAAAUUUUAAUUAUUAGCAAAAAUGAUUAUUUUACAAUUAAUAGUAAAUGUCUUUGAGCCCGUGAGACGCACAAAAAAAAUUAAACAAAUUUCAAUCUAAGAAAUUUAGAAUAAUUUUUUUCUUUGACUACUUUUCCUUUUCCACUUUCUGAUUUCAUCUUUCAUUUCUGUAUCAAUAAUUUCGUGUAUAAUAUAAAUAUAAUCAUUGUAUGAGACGAGUGUUGAGUUGAACAGAAGGCUGUUUUAAAGCAUUCUCAAAUCAGUUGGCAAGUUGUGGGUUUUUUGUUGAUUAUGAAUUAGAAAGAAUAAAUGUCUUAGGAAAGUUUUAUAAAUAAUUACGGAAUGUUUUGAACCAGUCAAAAGGUACGAAUUGAUUUGUACUUUAUAACUUUUUUAAAUUCGGUGCAUGAUUCUUGGUAUUAAUGGAUCGAAAUACAUUUUUUUUUAACUUAUAUGUAUUUAUAAAUGGAGUAAAAAUUGAUACAUCUUAAAAUUCAGUAAAAUAUAGUUAUGUAUUCAUAAAAAGAGAAUUAAAUGAAAAAAGUUCAUCUUAAUUUAAUAAUACGUCAUUGCGCAUGGUUCCGGUACAUAAUUACUGUAGUAAAAAAUAUUAAGGCUCAUUUAUUGUAAGGUGACACAGUUUAUGCAAAGAAUUUUCUUUCAAUUUCUUCUUUCUAAUUUUAAUUUUUAGUUAUUUUAAUAAUUUAUACUUUUGCUUUGUUGAAUCAUUUUGAAAGUCGUGGUUAUGUGACUUUCAAUAUACGAUAUUUUAAAUUAAAAAGUUAAUUUUUGUAAUUGGAGUUAUAUUAAGUAUGAGAUAAUGGUUCUUAUGUGUUACACCGUUAGGUUAUCAUUAUUAUUAUUUUUUUUUUAUUUUCUUUUGAGAGCUUGAUUGUUGAUAAUAUAUAUUCUACUACUUUAAGAUGUGUAUUACAAUGAAUUUUCGUGCUUACUUUUGAGUCAUUAGUAUUUAAGUCCAGUUCUCGCCUCUGAUAUAUUAUAUGACUCGAAAAUGCAAAAAAAAAAUUAUAAUUAUAAUAAUCUUACAAUGUUUUUAAAAAGUCAAUUCACGUUACGACUAUCCCACCUCCCUCUGUAAUUAUACAAUCACCAGCACACUUUCCCUAUAGUUUUUAGAUGAAAAAUCUUGUUGGCAAGUAGAUCGUAUAUAUAUAUAUAUUUGAAAAAAAACUGUAUUCUAAGUUAAAUUAGAUGUCAAUUAAAUGCAGCGUUCAUUUAAAAAAAUCUCCAUCUACAUCGUUAAAUCCAUAUCUUACGUAAUAGAAAAUCACAGAAAAUUUUAAACUUACAUCGAUAAGAAAGUAAAGGUCUGUAUAUUGUAAAAAGAAGUUAGAUGUGAAUAUGUAUUUUUAUAUACUGAUAUAAAAGCGACUCAUCCGUAUGUACAUGUAGCGAUAAAUCGUUAUGGUAUCAAAAAUCAAAUAGUUAAUUAUUUAACUUUCACCUGCCUCUCAACAUUUUGUGUAUGUACAUGAGUGCAAGAAUGUUAAACUGUAUAAAAUAAAUAAAGACUAGUGUAAGUGCAUAA